UCUGGAGCGCUGACGGGCAGUGAAUCAUCCGUCCUGCUCGAGCACUGAGUAACGGGUGGAGACGGAGUGAAAGAAGUAAAUGUUCUGGACAAAUCUAUUGACUUAGAUGAGGCCGCGAUGACUGAGCUGCAGAUUUGGAAAGAAAAAAGAAGAGAAGUGCAAGACGGAGACAAAAAUGAAUGCGCAGAAGCAGAUGUCAGAAAUUCUGAGUGAGGAAGAGUUGGAGAGGAUGAAGGAAGAGAGAGAGAGCAUGGACGGUAUCCAGCAGAUGAGGAGGGAGUAUCUCCAGGCUCGUAGAGAGGAAGAAGCUCCAUCCUCCGAGGAACUGGAGGCCAGAAGGAGAGGACCAGAAUACGACCCGCGUAGAAUGCCAAUGAAAAACCCUGACCCUAGAGUGACACCCCACUAUAAGGACGUCGAGCGACAGUAUGCCUCCCUUCCCAGGUAAGAACGUCCACUCGUUUAUCACGCAUUCUUCGUGACAAAACAAAAAGAGAUGGAGAGCUAGAAAAGGAAAAGAUGGAAAGGAAGAGAGAGAGAGAGCAGGUAAUCAUCUGUCUCUCUCAUGCUGAGCUGAAUAAUCCUCUUUAAAGCGUAUAAUUAAAUCUGGAGUGUCUGCCUUCUGAGGCCCUCCUAUCCUGGGAAUUCACCUGAUCCUCUCGGGGGAGAUGGCCAUGCGGUCGCAGCUCUGUAACCCGAUCACUGAGCGCAUUUCUGGAGCCGCCUAAAGUUAUGACUGCCUCUUUCAUGUCUGUCUUUUUCUCCUCUGUUGUUUCUAUGGUUCUCAAUCACGUCUUGCCAUGUUUGCUGAG